AUGGCUCGCAAAAUGGUGGAGAAAAUACUCGAACACAGACAAAAUCAUGAAACUAGCUCUGCUCACUCAAAAAUAGUUAGAGAAUUUACAAAAGAAAUGAAUCUAUAUUGCAAAGUAGUCACCACAGUCUACAUUGCAGGAGCUUUGCUUUACUGCACUGUCUCUGCGCACCUAACAUUGAACAAUCCAGAGGAAUCUGACAGAGAAUACGUACACCUGGUUAUAGGAUGGGUUCACAACUCCAAAUAUUACUUUGUUCUAUUAUUCCUCAACGCUCUCUGCAUGUUCAUUUUAUUUACAACAGUUUUUCAAUGGUUCUUAAUUGUUUACUGCAUGAUUCUAAAAAUUAAAUGCCAAAUACGCCUCCUCUGUUCUGACUUGGAUGCUAUCAAUGACUAUUUUGAUGAAUUCAAAAACUAUUUAGAAAGUAACCCAAGUGAUGGGCUGGUGGGUCGAUUGAAAACAUCACUGAAUUUCAGCAGAAAAAAUGAAAAUGAAACUGAGACAUUUGAGGGGAAAACUAAAUCUUCAUUCAGAAGUUUGAGUCUUCUUAAAGUCAACAGGGGGAAAUUUAUUGAGGAACAAAUCAAGCUGUACUUCAAGAGUAUUGUUCAACAACACAUACAAAUAAUAGAAAAUGUGAAAGUGGCAGACAUAACUUUUCGCCUUUCUAUGAUGAUAAGUGUCCAGCUUGGUGUAAUGAUUGUGGCAAUGACAAUUCCUGGUUUGGGAGGGAACGUUCCAACCCAAGAAUUAUUCCACCGAGGGAUAGAAGUCUUGGAGAUCAUAGGAAGUAUUGGGCUUUUCAACUAUUUCGGCCAAAUGGUUAUUGAUCAGUCAGAAUCACUUCGCCAAGCUCUGUACAACUGUGACUGGACAGACAAACCUCACAGUUUGAGGCGAGGACUGCUCAUCAUGCAGAUCAUGGCAUCCAGACCUCUCAAACUGACCAUCGGCGGCAUCUACACACUCAAACUGGAGACUUACGGACAUAUAUUAAGUACCACCUACUCUUACACGAGUAUGAUCCAGUCUUUCAACUAG